AGAGAGAGAGCGUGCUGAGUUUGGAGAGUGUGUCAGAGACAGAGGGAGACUGAGCAGGGCCGCGUACAGACCCAGGUUGGAAUACAGCGAGAGGGAGCGGCGUUUGGGAGCAGGGGGAGCGCGUUUAUCCGGGAGGGGGACAGCGUUUAUCCGGGAGGGGGACCGCGUUUAUCCAGGAGGGGGACUGCAUUUAUCUGGGAGGGGGACUGCGUUUCGCGAGGGGGCCAGCGUUUCACAAGGGGGACAGGCCAGGAUGGAGGACCCGGGCGAACCCCCGAUGACCUCCUUCAUCAUGGACGAGGAGGAGCUGAAGAGGAAGCAGAGGGAGAAGCUGAAGAAGAUGCAGGCCACCGGGGGAAAUCCCCGCCCCGCCCGCUCCCUCCUCUUCUUCACGCUGAAGAACCCCUUCCGCAAGGCCUGCAUCAACAUUGUGGAGUGGAAACCCUUCGAGAUCAUCAUUCUCCUGACCAUCUUCGCCAACUGCGUGGCUCUGGCCGUUUUCCUGCCAAUGCCGGAGGAAGACACCAACAACACCAACUCCAACCUGGAGGGCCUGGAAUACCUCUUUCUGAUCGUUUUCACAUUGGAGUGCUUUCUGAAAAUAAUUGCAUAUGGGUUACUGUUCCAUGAAGGAGCCUAUUUACGGAACUGUUGGAACAUUCUGGACUUUGUCAUCGUGUUCAUGGGGCUUUUCACUUUCGCCCUGGACACCAUUAAUGCCAUAUCUGGGGUCGUGGGGGAGAAGGGCGGCGGGUUCGACAUGAAGGCGCUGAGAGCCUUCAGGGUCCUGAGGCCGCUGCGCCUCGUCUCAGGGGUCCCCAGCCUGCAGGUGGUGAUGAAUUCCAUCCUCAAAGCCAUGCUGCCACUGCUGCACAUUGCCUUGUUGGUCUUCUUCAUGGUCACCAUCUAUGCCAUCGUGGGCCUGGAACUCUUCAAGUGCAAGAUGCAUAAGACCUGCUACUACACUGGCACAGAUGUCAUCGCGGUUAUGGAGAACGAGAAACCGGCACCUUGCGCCCAGGCGGGUAACGGCCGGCGCUGCCUCAUAAAUGGGACGGACUGCCGGGCCGGCUGGGUGGGGCCCAACCACGGCAUCACCCACUUCGACAACUUCGGCUUCGCCAUGCUCACCGUGUACCAGUGCAUUACCAUGGAGGGCUGGACGGACGUGCUCUACUGGGUGAACGAUGCCAUUGGGAACGAGUGGCCCUGGCUCUACUUUGUGACCCUCAUCCUGCUGGGCUCCUUCUUCGUGCUCAACCUGGUCCUGGGCGUGCUCAGUGGGGAGUUCACUAAGGAGCGCGAGAAGGCCAAGUCUCGCGGAGAGUUUCAGAAGCUGCGUGAGCGGCAGCAGUUGGAUGAGGAUCUGAAGGGCUACAUGGACUGGAUCACCCAUGCAGAGGUCAUGGACAACGACCAGGAGGGCCAAGGGCUUCUUCCUCUGGAAGAGGGUGGCUCAGAGACGGACAGCCUCUAUGAGAAGGAGGGCAUGAACCGACUGGUUUACUACUUUCGCCGCGGCCGUCGUUGGAACCGCUUCUUCCGCAGAAAGUGCCACACGUGGGUAAAGUCCAACGUCUUCUACUGGCUGGUGAUCCUGCUUGUGUUCCUCAACACCCUGGCCAUAGCCACGGAGCACCACCACCAGCCCGAAACGCUAACCAUUGUGCAAGACAACGCUAACAAGGUGCUGUUGACCCUCUUUGCGGUGGAGAUGUUCCUCAAGAUGUACGCCUUCGGCCUGCCGGCCUACUUCAUGUCCAUCUUCAACCGCUUCGACUGCUUUGUGGUGUCCGUGGGCAUCCUGGAGAUCAUCCUGGUGACGCUGAACGUCAUGUCUCCCCUGGGCAUCUCCGUGCUCAGGUGUAUCCGCCUGCUGCGUCUCUUCAAGGUCACCAAGUAUUGGACAUCGCUAAGCAACCUUGUCGCCUCCCUGCUCAACUCCGUGCGCUCCAUAGCCUCCCUGCUCCUCCUACUCUUCCUCUUCAUCGUCAUCUUCUCCCUCCUGGGCAUGCAGGUGUUUGGAGGCAAAUUCAACUUCCCGGACCAGGAGGUGCGACGCAGCAAUUUCGACAACUUCCCCCAGGCUCUCAUCAGUAUCUUCCAGAUACUCACAGGAGAGGACUGGAACUCCCUGAUGUAUAAUGGAAUCAUGGCUUAUGGUGGACCAGUCUUCCCAGGAAUCAUGGUCUGCAUCUACUUCAUCAUUCUGUUUGUCUGCGGCAACUACAUCCUCCUGAAUGUCUUUCUGGCCAUCGCCGUGGACAACCUGGCGGAGGCAGAGAGCCUGACCUCAGCCCAGAGGGAGAAAGCCGCGGAGAAGAAGCGCAAGAAACUGCUCAGAACGCUCAUCCCUGACAGGUCAGAGGAGGAGAAGGCCCUGCUGCAGAAGAAGCUGGCGGAACAGAGGGCUAAAGCAGAGGGGAUCCCCACCACAGCCAAGCUGAAAGUGGACGAGUUUGAAUCAAAUGUAAAUGAAGUUAAGGACCCGUUCCCUCCAGCUGAUUUUCCAGGUGACGAUGAGGAGGAGGAGCCAGAAAUCCCGAUCAGUCCCAGGCCCCGCCCCAUGGCAGACCUGCAGUUGAAAGAGAAAGCGGUGCCCAUGCCAGAUGCCAGUUCCUUCUUCAUCUUUGGACCACAGAACAAGUUUCGUAAGCUCUGCCACCGGAUCAUCAACGCCACCACCUUCACCAACUUCAUCCUGCUCUUCAUCCUCCUCAGCAGCAUCUCUCUGGCUGCUGAAGAUCCUAUUGAUCCACUGUCCUUCAGGAACAAGAUCCUGGCUUACGCUGACAUCGUCUUCACGUCAGUCUUCACCGUUGAAAUUGUGCUCAAGAUGACUACAUACGGUGCCAUCCUGCACAAAGGCUCUUUUUGUCGGAACUCUUUCAACAUCCUGGACCUGAUUGUUGUGGGCGUGUCUCUCCUCUCCAUGGGAAUGGAGUCCAGUGCCAUCUCCGUGGUGAAGAUUCUCAGGGUGUUGAGGGUGCUGAGGCCCCUGAGGGCCAUAAACCGAGCCAAGGGCCUGAAGCACGUAGUCCAGUGUGUGUUUGUGGCCAUCAAGACCAUCGGCAAUAUCGUCCUGGUGACCAUGCUGCUGGACUUCAUGUUUGCCUGCAUUGGCGUACAGCUCUUCAAGGGCAAAUUCUACAGCUGCACCGACCCCUCUAAGAUAACUGAGACGGAGUGCCAUGGAACCUUCAUUGUGUACAAGGAGAAUGCUCUGCAGGACAUGGUGGUCCGGAACCGCGAGUGGGUCAACAACGACUUCAACUUUGACAACGUGCUGAACGGCAUGCUGGCGCUCUUCACCGUGUCCACAUUCGAGGGCUGGCCACAGCUCCUGUACAAAGCCAUUGACUCAGACGUUGAGGACAUGGGCCCCGUUUACAACAACCGGGUGGACAUAUCCAUCUUCUUCAUCAUCUACAUCAUCCUCAUCGCCUUCUUCAUGAUGAACAUCUUUGUCGGCUUCGUUAUUGUCACCUUCCAGGAGCAGGGUGAGGAGGAGUACAAGAACUGCGAGCUGGACAAGAACCAGCGUCAGUGUGUGCAGUAUGCCCUCAAAGCACGCCCCCUGCGGUGCUACAUUCCUAAGAACCCUUACCAGUACCGCGUGUGGUAUGUGGUGACGUCCUGCUACUUCGAGUACCUCAUGUUCCUGCUCAUCAUGCUUAACACCCUCUGUCUGGGUAUGCAGCACUGUAACCAGUCAGACCAUGUGACUAAACUCUCUGACACUCUGAACGUAAUCUUCACUGUGCUCUUCACUGUGGAGAUGAUCCUCAAGCUCAUGGCCUUCAAAGCCAAGGGAUACUUUGGGGACCCCUGGAACGUAUUUGACUUCCUGAUCGUCAUCGGCAGCAUUGUGGACGUCGUACUGAGCGAGAUCGACAGUGCUCUGGCUGCUAGCGGCGGACUGUACUGCCUCCACGGCUGUGGCGAGACAAACCCCAUGCAGGCCAUUGCAGACGCGGAGAACGCGCGGGUCUCCAUCACCUUUUUCCGGCUCUUCCGUGUCAUGCGGCUGGUGAAGCUGCUGAACCGAUCGGAGGGCAUCCGAAACCUGCUGUGGACCUUCAUCAAGUCCUUCCAGGCCUUGCCUUACGUCGCCCUCCUCAUCGUCAUGCUCUUCUUCAUCUACGCUGUGAUCGGGAUGCAGGUGUUCGGUAAGGUAGCUCUGGUGGACGGCACGCAGAUCAACCGGAACAACAACUUCCAGACGUUCCCUCAGGCCGUGCUCCUGCUGUUCCGAUGUGCCACGGGAGAGGCGUGGCAGGAGAUCAUGCUGGCCAGCAUGUACGGCAAGCGCUGCGACCCCAAGUCUGACUUCCUGCCGGGGGAGGAGUACACCUGCGGGGCCAACUUCGCCAUUUUCUACUUCCUCAGCUUCUACAUGCUCUGCGCCUUCCUGAUCAUCAACUUGUUUGUGGCAGUCAUUAUGGACAACUUUGACUAUCUGACACGUGAUUGGUCAAUCCUUGGUCCCCAUCACCUGGACGAGUUUAAGAGAAUCUGGGCGGAGUAUGACCCUGAAGCCACGGGGAGAAUCAAGCACUUGGAUGUGGUUACUUUGCUGCGGAGGAUCCAGCCUCCGCUGGGAUUUGGAAAGUUCUGUCCUCACCGUUCUGCAUGCAAGCGGUUGAUAUCAAUGAACAUGCCCUUGAACAGCGACGGCACGGUGACCUUCAAUGCCACCCUGUUUGCCCUGGUCAGGACCGCGCUGCACAUAAAGACCGAGGGUAAUUUUGAACAGGCCAAUGAGGAGCUGCGAGCCAUUAUCAAGAAGAUCUGGAAGCGUACGAGCAUGAAGCUGCUGGACCAGGUCAUUCCCCCCAUUGGAGAGGACGAGGUGACGGUGGGGAAGUUCUACGCCACCUUCCUCAUACAGGACUACUUCCGCAAGUUCAUGAAGCGGCAGGAGGAGUACUACGGCUAUCGACCCUCCAAGAAGAACAAGAAUGCCCCGGAGAUACAGGCAGGGCUGCGGAGCAUCGAGGAGGAGGCAGCUCCAGAGCUGCACAGGGCCAUCUCAGGAGACCUGAUGGUGGAAGAGGAGCUGGACCAGGAGGAGGGUGGAGAGGAGGGCAUCUACAGGAGAACCGGGGGCCUGUUUGGUGACCACGUGGACCCCUUCAGCUUGGAGCCCAGCAGCCCCCUGCACACCCAGGUGACCAGCCAGCGCCCCCUGCAGAUUUCUGACAGUCGUCCCGAGGACAUCGAGUCGCCCCCAGACUCCGUCUUCCUGCCCAACACAGAGUUCUUUCCCAUGACGCCCCCAAAAAGCAACACCAACAACAACAACCUGAACAAUAACGCAAUGCCAGGGUUUGCUUAUGAAAGAGAAGGAAACUCAGAGCUUCUGUCCGCUGAUGAAAGCAGCACCUAUUUCAGUGAGGACUCAGAACACUGCACAGGCUGCCCCUCAUUGGCCCCCCAGCGUGGCUCCGCCCUCAUGGACAGCAGUGAUAGGCUCUUCUCAGAGGUGGUAGUGAGGACUGACACCACUCAGUUCCCUUAUAUCCCCAGUAGGGACAAUGUUAGCAAGUCACAUGACUCCCAGCAGCCAAUGAAGCAGGAUCCUGUUCCUGCUACUGAUCAGCUGAUACAAGAGAUCUUGACGGAAGGAGGUCUGGGCACGUUGGCGCAGGAUCCGAAGUUUGUGUCGGUAACGAAGCAGGAAAUGGCUGAAGCUCUGCUCGUCGACGUGAAAGACAUGGAGUCGGCGGCCAUGGCCCUCCUCAACGGCCGUUCGGGGCGUGUGGUCAAACGGAAGAAACGGCCCAUCCCAACCCCACCUGGCCCCACCCCAGCCCCGCCCGCCUCACAGCUCCCUGGGGCCAGCGGCAACCCAUAAGCCCCGUCGGCAUGCCGCUGCCUCUGUGACAUCACAAUUGACAAGGCUUUGUAGGUGACAUCACAGGAUUAUAAAGCCUGAUUGCUUACCUUGGACAGGAAAUGAGCCCUGAUUGGCUGACCCAACCUUGUUUUAAGACGUUGACUGCAGUUGUAUUUUAAGCAAACUUGAGGUGGAAAGUCUUAAGACUUGGAACCUCAGACUAGAGAAAAACUACAACAACAAAAAAAACAUGUCUUUACGUGAUCCACUGCCCACAAGACAUAGAUUAAUGAAAUAAAAAAGGUAAAUUAAGACAACAGAUUCAUGAAUAUUUUUCCUUCAUGGUUCUUCAAGUUUCUUCAUGUUCUUCAAGCGAUAUUAAAAUGACACAUUUCCCAUUAUCUAUACCAGUAGACAUGGUUAAAAAACCACGCGGUCUGUUGGAGUCAUUGCUGAAGGCUAACGGCUGUGUCUUUGAGUGGCAGUUUCGCAGCUAACAAACCUGGAGCUUCAGCUGAGUUUUCUGAAGGUCAGUGAGGGUCAGUCAGGGGCUUGCCGUCCACAGGAAGUGGAAAAAAGGUUAAGCACUGAAUACAGAGAUUUUGGGUGCCUUUCUCAGUUUUAGAGUCUGCGCUCAACUUUGACUGAAUUUAGGCUGAUGUUCCCAGUGUUGCCUGAGAGUCUUACAGAUGAAUCUUCUGUGAAGCAAAGGCCAUUGGGACUUGUUUUUAAGGGAAAGGAUCUUGUGCAUUAAACUGAAAAAUGCCAGUGCUUUGCCCUUUUUAUUUUUAGGUUUUAUCCAAAACUAUUGACAACACAAUUUCCUUCAUGGCCUAUCUCUUCAAACUAGAGAAACUCUGAGGCCUUUGUUCAUGAGAGGAUUUUUUUGAAAGUGUUGUUCCUUUUUUCAGUACUUUUUAUUAUAUUGUCAAACAUUACUGUUGGUCAGUCAUUAUUUAUGAGAAUCAUUUGCCUUUCUUACAGACCAUGCCUUUUUUGAUAGUGUGCCUGUUAUCUCAAUGGAUGAAUCUAUUUUUUAGAAGGUGUCAGUCUCCUUUAGCUUCAGAUCUGAAGACUUGCAUGAACUCGGGAUGGCUCGUGGAGAGGUGUGCGGAAGGCGUCUGGAGGUAGACAUUUCAGGCCUCUCUCCUAGGGGCACGUAUCGUUGUCUUCAUGCCUGGAGUAUGAGGGUUAGGGGGUUGUGCUGUCGGCAAAAUACUGCUGAGGACCCACUGCAGAGCACCACAUUUCUCCUGCAGUUCAAACCGAAUUAACUUAAGGACUCAACAUUUUUGCACUUUCUGAAAUUGUUUGGAGGUACUUUAAUUGUGUGAUUUUGAGGGAAAUGCUUUUCUGGGGAAGGCUCAGCCGUACUGUAAAGCAGCCUCAUGUCUCUCGCUUACAAGUCUUAAAGGUGUUAUUUUACGGUAAACUUUUGAUUGGUCUAUUCUGCCUGUCCCUUGUUCUUGUGUUUUCUUGAGCUCCAAGUGCCCUAGCCUAUUGGUUGAGUGCUUUUAUGCCUUUUUAUGCUAUUUGGAAAAUGGUUUUGCGCUCUCAGUUCCACCUCCCCGACCCAUUUCCCUCCCUUUGUAGGCCAAAUGUAUGCUAUGCGUAGCUUUUACAGUAUUUACAGUGUAGUUAUCAAAUUGCAAAAAUAAAAAUCUUCCAAACCAAGCA